GCAGAAGAGGGGGGCGUGGGCUGGUGGUUGUAGGUGGGGAGACGGGGCGGUAGGGGUUGGGAGAGCUGCACGGACGUCGCGCAGCCCCUCGGUGCUCGUGUCCCCAGUCCCUUGUGAGGGCUGACAGUGCCCCCCUCCCCCCGCCGGGCCCCGCGCUGCUGCCGCUUCCCCGCGGGAUGCGGGCUCGGCCCGCCCCGCCAGCCCUACCCCCCGCAGCAUGAGCGCGGCGAGCGACACGUACCACCUCAUAAAAGACAUAAAACCUGGACUGAAAAACUUAAAUGUCAUCUUUAUUGUGCUGGAGAUCGGCCGCGUCACCAAGACGAAGGACGGGCACGAGGUGAGGUCCUGCAAGGUGGCCGACAAGACGGGCAGCAUCACCAUCUCCGUGUGGGACGAGAUCGGCGGCCUCAUCCAGCCGGGGGACAUCAUCCGCCUGACCAAAGGGUAUGCAUCCCUGUGGAAAGGAUGCCUGACGCUUUACACAGGACGAGGAGGCGAGCUGCAUAAAAUUGGGGAGUUCUGCAUGGUAUACUCAGAAGUGCCAAACUUCAGUGAGCCCAACUCGGAACACAUUGGGCAGAACAAACUGGCACAGGGGGAACAGAAUAAUAGUUCUGCAUCAAGUAAUAUGGGUUCUUGUACUUUUGGGCCACUGGGAAAUGGUUUACAAACUGGACCUGAAUCAAGUGGACUUCCAUUUACAUAUAAUCAUGGCCACUCUUAUGCAGGUAGUGGGAGAGGCAAUGGACGAGGACCUGUAAAUCCAGCACCAGCUAGUAGCGUUCAGCCUCUUCCUGUUGUCAGUAAUGGGAGGGACCCACGCAGAGCCUUUAAAAGAUGACUAUGCCAAAUGUGGUUGUACAGCUUGCUUAAACUCUACACUCUACUUGAACACUUAUUGCACUUUUAUUUAUAGUCAACUGUGAACCAGUUUGUCCUUUAUUGUGGUUUUUUUUACCUUUUGGUCUAUGGAGCAAACUUGAUGUGGUCUAUUUCUUGUUUUGCUUAGGGAAGCACAGUGAGUCUUCCCCAUAAACUAAGGGGGUAGGAGGAGAAGGUGUAAUAGGUUGAAGUCUCAAAACUUGGUACCUGUUGCUAAAUGGAAGAAAAUUUUAGUUACAUGUAUGUAUAUUUGUUUCUGUUGGUCAACCAUAUAGCCUUAAAAGGUCAUUUAUGUCCUGUGUGCACAUACGUUGACUUCCAUUGUGGUUAGUGGGAGUUCUUCGUAUUGGAAGAGAAAUGAAGGGGAAGAGCAAAGAUGCUGUCAUGAACUAGGAAUUAAUAUAGCUUGUAAAAGCAAUAAGUAUAAGGAAAUGGUGGUGUCAGCACCUAGUGGUCUCUCCUAUAUCAGAAGAUGGGUAACUUGGAUAAAAGUUGAAGACAUGGUGAGUGUCUUGAUGCUUGACUUCUGAUUCCAGAAAGGUGUACACUACUUAAAUUCUUCAUAAAUGCCAUUAUCACUGUCAAGGAAAGUGAUGGUGAUUUUAGAUUUGGAUAAAAGCUUGGCUGUUCAUUCUUGCUUUGCAUGAAAUAGCAGGAGAGGAAGAUCUAAAUUCAGACAGUAUUGGGGAAUACACUGUAGCCACUCCUUGUGUGAAAGCCCAAGGUUACUUUGUGGGACUCUGAUUUCUAGGAAAGAGCUGUUUUCAAAUGCUGCAUUAUGCAUCUCUUCAAUGAGGCUGCCUACUUCUUCCUUCAUUCACUUCUCCAAAUGAAUUACAUAUUAGAUGAAGCUGUAUGUAUGGAUUGCAGAGGUACCGGCCAAGCACAUACCUGCACUUCUGAUGCUGUUAAGCUGCUAAGCUAUCCUUCUUCUGUUUUAUGUGAAAUAUGAAUUAUCCCAUAAGAAACUUAAACCCCCUCACGGCCAUCUCUUGGGGGAAAACCAGUUGUGGUUUUAUUUCUGAGAUCACAAAUGCCUUGACUCUAGAUAAGAGUCCAGUGCCAUAUUUCAGAUCAGGUUCAAAAACGGCUUGGAAGCUGAGGUGUCAUACUGGAUUCAACUGUUUAACUCUCCUUAUAGUUGACCUCUCAAAUAAAAAAUUGCACUAACCAUUUCAAAAACAAAUCUAACUUUUCUUUCUGUCAAGCCAUAAUGACUACAUGACAAAAGGCUAUUUCCGAAUUGUGAGUUGUCUUUUGUGGUUGUUCAUGUUAAUUGAAUCUACUACUGUGUCACUAAUGUUUACAUGUUAUUUACAUUUGAUACUUAGCUUCUGGUACUCCCAUCAUGAUGAUUUUUUGAAAAUUGCUUCUGAUUGGUAGGAGUUCCAUGCUUAGUCUGAAAUACUGGGCUUUCUUUUACAUGCAAGGAACAGCAAGAGCAGACCUCUGAAAGGAGGUUUAGAGUCCUGUGUCCAGACACCUGAGGGCUGUUUGCAUCUGGUCUGGUCAAGUGCUGCCCCAGUAGCUGCUUCCAGGUGGAACUAGUGAAACUCAUCUUGGACACAAGAGGGUGGUGUGCCUCACAAGAUCACCCAUGGGUGCUGUUAUGGAAGAACAGUACUAACUGGUGAACCAGAAAGCAUGGGAUGACUUUGGAGAAUUAGUGUAAGGAGGUGGUAUAUGACUCAGGGACUUAAAAUCACUUAGUUAUUUAAAGUCAUGUAUAGUCUAGAUGCAUAGGCAACCUGUUGUGCAGUGUUGCAUUAAGGCAUCUGAUAGGCUUGUUGAGAAGGAAGCCAAAAGGACUUCUAAACCUGUGAAGCAUGUGACAUAUUCCAGAGGUAAAUGAGAUGCAGGUAUAGUGCCGGGGCUGUGCUUUUCAGUAAAAGCUGUAAAGGCAGCAAGUGAACAGUGCAAGUGAUGGAAUGCUGGGGAUAUACUCAUUGGGGUAUGUCCACCAUGGGUCUCAAAUCCUGGUGGUCUUGGCUUCUCUACAGCAUAAAGAAGGUUGAAAUAGUUGGGAACCCUGUGUUAGUGUGUGCUGAGGUGCCUAACUUUUGUAGCUCUAUGCAUUUGAGAUUUUAUGAAGCUAAUAAAUGGAAUACUUGUUCACAAACUCCAAAUAAGAA